AUGGAAGAUGAACCAGACUUUGACGACCUCCUGGCAGACGCUGAGCAGGAUCAGAUGUACGACGAUGAGCUUAUGAUGGACGACAUCGAAGCGGAGCUCGCCAUGGAAGCUGAGGCUUCCACGAGAACACCGCUGAGCGGCAGCACGAACCUCGGGCCGGGCGUAGGCGUUAGCCUCGGCAUUGGCGCGGCGGCCGACGGCCUUGCCUCGGCGGCGGCAGGCCUCAACAGGAACCACUGCCCGAGCCCUCCCCCCCUGGACCAGCGCUUGGGCGUGCCGCCCGGCGAGGUUGGCUCGCCGCACCCUUCGGUGGACGAGGGCGACGGCGACGCUGCCGCGAGAGUCAGGAGGGCGCUGAACAACGAGGGGCGGAGCGGCACGAGCCCGCUGCAUCCGGUGCUGCAGAUCGACUCAAGUAGCCGUUGGAGCGGCAACCGCUCGGCACCCGAUGACGCCGCGGGAGGCCGCUCGACGAGGAGUUUUCGAUCCCAAGAGACGGCGACUAGCGGCGCGACCUCCCGCUCCGCCCGUCCAACAGGGUCAGCGGCGGCGGUGACGGCGAUGUUGGCCGCGAUAGACACUCAAGGGGCGGUUCUCAGCCGCCCCUCGGUUGACGGCGACAGCGUGCCGUUCAUGCAGUCCGGUGGACGCAUGAUGCACCUCAAGGUGCGCGCAACCCUGACCACCACCGCAACCAGCAGUAUUGGAGGUGGCACGGGGCUCGCCAACCCCCCGUCGGGCAGCCUCCUCCACACCCCCAUGGCCACUCUCAUGGAGAGGGUCACGGAGCGGCGGGUUAUACAGAGGAGUGUGGAAACAGCAGCGAAGGAACGGGCGGCAGCGGCGGCGGCAGCAGCGGGGGAUUCUGCCGGGGAGGAGGCAGACAAGGACGCAGGGGCUACCACCGGUAGUCGCGGCUGCGGCGGCGGGGGCGGGGGGUGCAGCAAGGGAAAGCUCGGGGCCGACGGGGCGUUGUGGGUAGACAAGUACGCGCCCGACGGGUUCCGCGACUUGUUGAGCGACGAAAAAAUCAACCGCGAGGUUCUGAGGGCCGUCAAGGCGUGGGAUCCCUUCGUGUUCAAGAAGGAGACGGCCAGGACGGGCACUGUCACCGCCGAGAAGAAGAAGGGCGUGGGAGGGAUGAAGCCGCUCAGCAUGGCCUCCACGGGCGAUGCGACGGACAAGAGACCGGAGGCGCGGAUCAUCAUGCUGUGCGGGCCUCCCGGCCUAGGAAAGACCACGCUGGCCCAGGUGGUCGCGAAGCACGCCGGCUAUCGCGUGUACGAGAUCAACGCCAGCGAUGACCGCACGGCGUCUGUGCUCCGUCAGCGCAUGACGGAGGCCAUGGAGGGAAACACGCUCCUGGCCGAUAAGCGCCCGAACCUCAUCGUCUUGGACGAGGUUGAUGGCGCGGACGGAAAGGCGGCAGCGCAGGUACUUGUGGACAUCGCCACGGCACCACUCGCCAAAGCCACCGCGGCAACCGGGGGCGGCAAGAAGGGCAAGCGGAGGACGUCGCUAACGAGGCCGCUGGUGCUUAUCUGUAACGACCAAUGGACGCCGGCGCUAAGGCCGAUCCGGGCCAUCGCCCAGGUGUUCGUUUUCAGGGCCAAGUCCUCACCGGCGAGACUGGUGCAGCGCCUCAAGGCCAUCUGCACGUCGGAGCGCCUGACCGUCAACACGGACGCCCUUACGAGGCUCGCGGACCGCUCGCACCUCGACGUCAGGUCGUGCCUCCACACCCUCCAGUUCGUGGCGAGGCGGGCGUCCUCGGGAAGUGUGACGAACGCCUCCGCGGCGCUGCUGACGGCCGUGGCGGAGGGGAUCAAGGACGAGCGCCGGGACCUGUUCGAAGUUCUCCGGUCCGUGUUCACCCGAAAGAAAUCGGGCACGAAGCGGCGCCUCUUCCUCGGAGGGGAGCAGGGCUCGAUGGCCGACCGCAAGGACGCCGAAGUGUUUGAGGAGGUACAGGCCUUCAACGACCACAGUAAGGUCCUUGCGGGAGUUCACGAGAACUUCUUGGGCGUACGCUUCAACGACCCUACCCUCAGCAAGGCGGCGGCGGCGAUGGACUGGCUGGAGAUGGCCGACCUCAUGGACACGCGCACGAACCAGACCCAGGACUACUCUUUCUCCAGAUACGCCCCGGUUGCCGCGGCGGGGGUUCAUUUCCUCUGCCGCUCCGACCAGCGGUCGACAGUCACCCAGCCCAAGAAGGACUACGAGGCCCGCACCGCUCGCGCCGCGAAGAGUAACAUCUUGCACAGCUUCGCCGACGGCCGCCAGCUGGGUGCCACCGGGCGCACGACUCAGGCGUUGGUGCUGGACAUGCUGUCCCACCUGAUGGAUAUCUUGGCGCCCACCCUGAGGCCGCUCAACCCGGACCUACUAAGCCCGCAGGAGCGCGCACGCUUCCGUGACCUGGUCGGCAUCCUCCUCUCUUGCGGCCUCACGUUCUCCCCGCAGUCGGCAUCCUCGUCUUCGUCGGCCAGCGCCCCACCCGCGUUCGGGGCGGCGGCGAGGGCCCAGGAAUUCGCGCUUGAGCCGGCGAUCGAUCAGCUGCUGAAGUACGAGGGUUACGAGUUCGCGCACCCCCGGCUUGCCCCUCCUCUUCGCCCGAUGGUGGCGCACGAAGUCGCCCUCGAAGGCAUGCGCCAGGCAGAGGCAGCCAAACUAUCACACCGGGAAGACGCUGCAUUUGCGAAGAACGCGGCAUCUGAUCCGUUCGCCGCAGCCUCUUCAGCAACACGAGGAACCGGGCACCCUUUCACGACCAACGCGGAAAAAUCGUCAGGUGCACCAGCAUCUAGCGGGAAGAGCACAAGCGAAGCUGACGAAGACGGAAGAGCGGCAGCAACUGCAGCGGCGAAGAGAAAGUGGGCGUCGACGGCGGUGGGGUCGGCGGGGAUGAAGAAGACGAAGACCAACAAAACGCCCCCGCCGUCACCGCCGGCCACUAAUAAGUUCCGCGAUAGUGAGAAGGAUAGGCCCGCGCAUCCAGUACCGUUUUGGAACCGCACCAACUGGAUCUCCGGGAGGAAGGACGGCACUGGCUCCCGACGCGGCGCCGGGGACGACGCUUCUGCUGCCAAGCAAAGCGCUGCCAUCGAUGCUACCCACAACACCAAGUCUCCUUCCAAGUCUCCAGUUAACAAGCUUUGCGAGACACGGGCGGUACAGGCCGGCAGCAGCAGCUGUUCGGCGACUGACGGGCAUCAGGCGACCGCGGCAGAGCGUUCCAAGCGUGUCCUACACGAAGGGGUGGCGAGGCGGGGCACGGUGGAAGACGAGGGGGUCGGAAGCGGAAAAGGGAAAAUCCCGAUUCGAUACCAGUUCCGUGCGGGGUACACGAACGCCGUCCGACGUCCCGUACGAAUGAGGGAUUUGCUGUGA